ACCUUAACUGACAAGACGAGUUUUAACGUGAAAUAAAAGAGUACUUGUUCAAAUUUUGAGCUAAAUGUGCUCAUUAUUGAACAAUGAAAAAAUGAUGAUUUUCUGAUAAUUCACCAUGAUGCACUAAUCCAAAACUAUGCAAAAAUAAUCGAGAUGACAAUAUCUUCUUUUUUUUAUGCGAAGAUGGACAAUAUCUGGACGAGAAAAAGAAUUGAAUACCUUACGCAUCGUCCAUCUUCUCCCUUUUGACUUCGUAAUUCUUAGCCUCCACGGCUUCCUGUUCAGACGCGGCAAAUCCACCAUCCCCUUCCCUCCGCCAUUCUUUCUUCCCAAACCCUACAAAAUCACAUAAUUAUACAACAUGAAAGUCACCGGCGCUUCAAUCGCCUCCACAUUACGCUUCCCUUACAACAACACUUUGCAUCAGCUCUUCCCUUCCCAAUUCCUUCCCUCAUCUUCUCCCCUCUCGUUUUCAUUCUGUCACAAAAGAACCAUGCCUCAAUCUCCGGCCCGUUGCUCUGCCGCUUUCUCUUCCCCAGCUUCCGACGCCGCCCUGCUGCCGAGCGAACCGGUGGUUAAGCCUAAACAACACCCAUGGCUUAUUGUUGGUCUGGGUAAUCCCGGGAAGAAGUAUCAGGGUACUCGCCAUAACGUGGGUUUUGAGAUGGUCGAUGCAAUAGCCGAAGCUGAGGGGAUAUCGGUGACUACAGUCUCCAACAAAGCACUUUUUGGAAGAGGUUUUAUUGGCAAUAUCCCUGUAAUGCUUGCAAAGCCACAAACUUUCAUGAAUGCAAGUGGUGAGUCUGUUGCACCCAUUGUCUCAUAUUACAAGGUUCCACUGAAGCAAGUGCUCGUGAUAUAUGAUGACUUGGAUUUGCCUUUCGCCAAGUUGAGAUUGUUGCCAAAAGGUGGACAUGGUGGACACAAUGGGAUGAGAAGUGUCAUUGAUCGCCUCAAAGGUAGUCGAGAUUUCCCUCGGUUAAGAAUCGGUAGGUGGUGUGCUCUCUCCUUAAGCUAAUGUUGAAUUUGUAAAACUACUCCCUCUUUGAGUAAGCAUAAUAACUGUGAGCUGUUAAUGCAAUCACUGUAUAGGCAUAGGGCGGCCUCCUGGGAAGAUGGAUGCUGUGAACUUCGUUAUGCGCCCAUUCAACAGACAAGAACGUGAAGAGUUAGAUAUGACAUUUCAACAAGGCAUUGAAGCUGUGAGGAUUAUGUUGCUGGAGGGGUUUGACAAGAGUGCAACGUUUGUCAAUAGUUCCAAACGCAUGGAACAACUUGGCUAGUCAAUAGCUGAACAGGAUCUCCAUUGUUUUACAGAUAUUGGUUCAGAGAAUGAUGUCCAGUGCUGAUUAUAGAUUCUCAAAGGAACAGAAGGAAUAUAAGCUUAGAUUUCGCAGGAGGAGAUUUAUUCUUUGGCGACAUGAUUUAUUUGAAGCUCGACGGCCGUCACAAUUGAUUGGAUAUGUUUGUAACUUUUUUGUAACCAAGUUAAAUUCUUACGGAGGUAAGUAAAGAAGUGUGUGGCAGCUAGAUCUGUGUGACAAAAACAGGGAGAACGAAGAACAGAGCAAAGCAAGAAAUGAGCAAAAUGG